AUGACACUGUUAGGGCUCGAGGACUACCCGUUCAAUGGUGCUGAUAGAAGGGCAUGGAUGGUCAUUUUCUUCAUCGAAGGCGGUGUCGCGAAUUUUUACACUUGUUUGGUCCCCCAGCACUCGAGAUGGUACCACUGGGGGCUUCUUUAUGAACUUCUGUCUACAACGAUAUCACCUCCUGCCAUCCGACGACUCGCUUCCAACUGGUUUAGCUCUCCUGCAGACGAUAAUUCCAAAGACCCUGUUCGAUCUGCUUUUACUACGCUGAUUCGUACGGACUCACUGGACUACCGAUUAUUUGAAUGCUACUUGGGCUUCCCGAAAGUGCUGAAAGUGGCAUAUCUCCCCGGUGACCAGAGUAUCAAAAAUGAAGCGAAGGGAAAGGAGGCUGUUGCUCGCAUUCAGAAAGAGACUGGAUGCACAAAAGCGGGGCUAUGGAUCAUCGACAUCACCAAUGUCUGCAGCGACAUCGCGUUUACUGAUAGGGCUGAAAGUGAAUUCGAUCGAUUGGGUAUCCACGUAGAGAAUGCUGAAAUGGGGACCUGGAAGUACGACAAACUGGAGGAUUGGGAGAGAACACACCGACGUUUUGGUCGUAAUUGA